GCUGGACACCGUUCAUGGCUCUCGGGUAGAAGCCAGUGAAACGGUCAGAAUGAAUUCUAUGGACAGGCACAUUCAGCAGACCAAUGACAGACUGCAGUGCAUUAAGCAGCACUUACAGAAUCCUUCCAACUUCCACAAUGCUGCCACGGAGCUGCUGGACUGGUGUGGGGACCCGAGAGCCUUCCAGCGGCCCUUUGAGCAGAGCCUGAUGGGCUGUCUAACUGUGGUCAGUCGGGUGGCAGCCCAGCAAGGGUUCGACCUGGACCUCGGCUACAGACUGUUGGCUGUGUGUGCCGCGAACCGAGACAAGUUCACUCCGAAGUCUGCUGCCCUGCUGUCCUCCUGGUGUGAGGAGCUCGGCCGGCUGCUACUCCUCCGACAUCAGAAGAGCCGCCAGAGUGACCCCCCUGGGAAACUCCCCAUGCAGCCCCCCCUCAACUCCAUGAAACCCACUCUGUCACACAGUGAUGGGUCGUUCCCCUAUGACUCAGUCCCUUGGCAACAGAACACCAGCCAGCCUCCUGGCUCCCUCUCUGUGGUCACCACGGUUUGGGGAGUGACCAAUACGUCCCAGAGCCAGGUUCUCGGGAACCCUAUGGCCAAUGCCAACAACCCCAUGAAUCCAGGCGGCAACCCCAUGGCGUCAGGCAUGACCACCAGCAACCCAGGCCUGAGCUCCCCACAGUUUGCUGGGCAGCAGCAGCAAUUCUCAGCUAAGGCUGGUCCAGCUCAGCCCUACCUCCAACAGGGCAUGUACGGUCGGCCCAACUACCCUGGCAGUGGGGGCUUCGGGGCCAGCUACCCUGGGGGUCCCAAUGCCCCGGCCGGCAUGGGCAUCCCUCCGCACACCAGGCCGCCUGCCGACUUCACUCAGCCAGCCGCCGCCGCUGCAGCUGCCGCAGUCGCCGCCGCGGCUGCCACCGCCACCGCCACAGCCACAGCCACGGUGGCAGCUCUGCAGGAGACACAGAACAAGGACAUGAACCAGUAUGGACCGAUGGGUCCUACCCAGGCGUAUAACAGCCAAUUCAUGAACCAGCCCGGGCCACGGGGGCCUGCCUCCAUGGGAGGCAGCAUGAACCCCGCCAGUAUGGCAGCUGGCAUGACUCCCUCGGGGAUGAGUGGUCCUCCUAUGGGCAUGAACCAGCCCCGGCCGCCCGGCAUCAGCCCUUUUGGCACACAUGGGCAGCGGAUGCCCCAGCAGACCUACCCGGGCCCCCGGCCCCAGUCCCUUCCCAUCCAGAGCAUAAAGAGGCCAUACCCAGGAGAGCCCAACUAUGGAAACCAGCAAUAUGGACCAAGCAGCCAGUUCCCAACCCAGCCAGGCCAGUACCCCACUCCCAACCCACCGCGGCCACUCACCUCUCCUAACUACCCUGGGCAAAGGAUGCCCAGCCAGCCGAGCACUGGGCAGUACCCGCCCCCCACGGUCAACAUGGGGCAGUAUUACAAGCCAGAACAAUUCAAUGGGCAAAACAACACCUUCUCCGGAAGCAGCUACAGUAACUACACCCAAGGGAAUGUCAGUAGGCCUCCCAGGCCGGUUCCUGUGGCAAAUUAUCCCCACUCACCUGUUCCAGGGAACCCCACGCCCCCCAUCACCCCCGGAAGCAACAUCCCCCCAUACCUGUCCCCAAGUCAAGAUGUUAAACCUCCUUUCCCGCCCGACAUCAAGCCAAAUAUGAGUGCUCUGCCACCGCCCCCGGCCAACCACAACGAUGAGCUGCGGCUCACGUUCCCUGUGCGGGAUGGCGUCGUGCUGGAGCCCUUCCGUCUGGAGCACAACUUGGCCGUCAGCAACCAUGUCUUUCACCUGCGGCCCACGGUCCACCAGACGCUGAUGUGGAGGUCUGACUUGGAACUGCAGUUCAAGUGCUAUCACCACGAGGACAGGCAGAUGAACACCAACUGGCCAGCCUCAGUGCAGGUCAGCGUGAACGCCACCCCCCUGACCAUCGAGCGUGGCGACAACAAGACCUCCCACAAGCCCCUACACCUCAAGCAUGUGUGCCAGCCAGGCCGGAACACCAUCCAGAUCACUGUCACGGCCUGCUGCUGUUCGCACCUGUUUGUGCUGCAGCUGGUGCACCGGCCCUCCGUGCGCUCCGUGCUACAAGGCCUUCUCAAGAAGCGGCUCCUGCCCGCCGAGCACUGCAUCACAAAAAUCAAGCGGAAUUUCAGCAGCGUGGCAGCCUCAUCGGGCAACACGACCCUUAACGGGGAGGAUGGAGUAGAGCAGACGGCCAUCAAAGUGUCUCUGAAGUGCCCCAUUACAUUCCGGCGCAUCCAGCUACCUGCUCGAGGCCACGACUGCAAGCAUGUCCAGUGCUUUGAUCUGGAGUCAUACCUGCAGCUGAACUGUGAGAGAGGGACCUGGAGGUGUCCUGUAUGCAAUAAAACUGCUCUGCUGGAAGGCCUGGAGGUGGAUCAGUACAUGUGGGGGAUCCUGAAUGCCAUCCAGCACUCUGAAUUUGAAGAGGUCACCAUCGACCCCACAUGCAGCUGGCGGCCAGUGCCCAUCAAGUCAGACCUGCACAUCAAGGAUGACCCUGACAGCAUCCCUUCCAAGCGCUUCAAGACUAUGAGUCCCAGCCAGAUGAUCAUGCCUAACGUCAUGGAAAUGAUCGCAGCCCUGGGCCCCGGCCCAUCCCCCUACCCGCUCCCACCUCCACCCGGAGGCACCAAUUCCAGUGACUACAGCAGCCAAGGCAACAACUACCAGGGCCACAGCAACUUUGAUUUUCCCCACGGGAACACUGGUGGGACAUCCAUGAGUGACUUCAUGCACGGGCCCCCCCAGCUCUCCCACCCCCCGGAUAUGCCCAACAACAUGGCUGCCCUCGAGAAGCCCCUCAGUCACCCCAUGCAGGAAACUAUCCCCCACGCUGGCAGCUCUGACCAGCCCCAUACCUCCAUACAAGGCUUGCACGUACCACACCCCAGCAACCAGGCAGGGCCUCCAUUACAUCACAGCGGGGCUCCUCCUCCUUCCCAGCCACCCCGGCAACCGCCUCAGGCCGCUCCCAGCAACCAUCCACACAGCGACCUGACCUUUAACCCCUCCUCAGCCUUAGAGGGUCAGGCCGGAGCGCAGGGAGCGUCCGACAUGCCGGAGCCUUCGCUGGAUCUCCUUCCAGAACUCACAAAUCCCGACGAGCUCCUCUCCUACCUGGACCCCCCCGACCUGCCAAGCAAUAGUAAUGACGACCUUCUGUCUCUCUUUGAGAACAACUGA